UCACGGCGUACAUGCGGCCUGGAUGUCAGUGAUCGGAGUGCCGGCCGGACACGGGGUCGGUCGCCAGGGUUACGCCAUAAUGCAGUCAGAAUCAGAUGGAAAGGCAGAGGGCGCUGUAUUGGGACAAUCCCUGAGCGAACCGGGAAGGUUUGCAUAUGCAGGCCUGUGUGCUCUCUCAUUGGCUCAGUUAUUUCCUGAAAAAGAACAGAGGACCUUCUGCACUGAGUUUGUGGAAGAAUUGGUGCGAUGGCUCGAUCUGUCCGUGUCAGUGGUUCCAGCAAUGGUGGCAUUUGCCAGUGGCUUUGGUGGUGAAGGAACUGAAACAUUCACUCAGGUUUUAAUGGGCGAUUCAGUCUUGAAAACAAACCCAGCAAUCAUUACUCGGGAUCUGGUUUCUUUCUGCCUCAGGGAGGGAUAUUAUGACGCUAGAAGCCGCGUCCUCAUCUCACACGUGUCGUGGCUGCUGCGUGUCCCACCAGAGACUAUGGAAAUCUGUGAGGAAUCCCUAUUGAAGAGUCUGAAGCAGUACACGGAUAAACCCUCAGAGUCCACGCAAGAAUCCCGCCGAAAAAAGGAAAAUCGUAAGAAGCUAAAACGGUACCUGCUCAUCGGACUGGCUACGGUAGGCGGAGGGACUGUAAUAGGUCUCACUGGGGGUCUGGCAGCUCCUUUUGUAGCUGCUGGGGCGGCUACCAUCAUAGGAAGUGCCGGAGCAGCAGCACUGGCAUCCACGGCUGGCAUUGCAAUCAUGGCGUCGCUCUUUGGUGCCGCAGGGGCCGGGUUGACAGGUUACAAAAUGAAGAAAAGAGUGGGAGCCAUUGAGGAGUUUGAGUUUUUACCGUUAACAGGAGGGCGGCAGCUUCGUAUCAGCAUCGCUGUCACAGGCUGGCUGAGCACAGGAAAAUAUGGCAGUUUUGUUGCACCAUGGCAAAGUUUGCUUCACUCCACGGAGCAGUAUUGCCUGGCGUGGGAGUCAAAAUAUCUCAUGGAGCUUGGAAAUGCGUUGGACACCCUACUGAAUGGCAUUAUGAAUAUGGUAGCCCAGGAGGCCCUGAAAUUCACUGUGCUCUCAGGUAUCGUCACCGCACUGACAUGGCCAGCAUCACUGAUUACUGUGGCCAGUGUGAUCGACAAUCCCUGGGGUGUUUGUCUCAGUCGGUCGGCAGAGGUGGGAAAACAUCUGGCACACAUUCUGCUAACCAGAAAGCAGGGAAAGCGUCCUGUGACUUUAAUUGGUUUCAGCCUGGGAGCGCGAGUUCUAUACUUCUGUUUGCAAGAACUGGCCCAGGAAGCAGGUGCCGAAGGGAUCAUUGAAGACGUGGUGCUGUUGGGGGCCCCUGUGGAAGGUGACGUUAAGAAAUGGAAGCUGCUAACGCGGGUUGUUGCUGGAAGGAUCAUUAACGGAUAUUGCAGAGGAGAUUGGCUUCUGAGUUUUGUCUACCGCAGCUCCUCCGUGAAAAUGAGUGUGGCCGGACUACAGCCAAUAAACCUGGAUGACCGAAGAAUGGUGAAUGUGGACCUGUCUUCUGUGGUUAAAGGACAUCUGGAUUACAUGAAACAGAUGGAUACAAUACUGAAAGCUGUUGGCAUUAAAACCAAGGAAUGUCGCUUUGAAGAACAAAACAGCCUUCUGUACAAUCCGCCAGUACCAAUGGCAGAAGAAUUAAACCGUGUGCCGCCCAUGGACUCAGCCGGUGAUCCAGACACAUCCUGGAACUGGGAACCUGUAACCUCAACAGAGACAUCAAAUUCUUUAACUAGACAGGAUUCUGUCCCAGAGCCCGAGACGACAGACUUAGAACCUCAGGAAGCCUUGCAGUCUCUCUGCAUCAAGUGUUCUACUACAGAAAGAACCAAACCGCCCUGUGCUGACUGCACAAACAACAACGACACAAGACUGUACAAACAAAGAGACACAACUGAACAAAGACACAAAAUUAAGGAACAAUGACAGACUCCCAUUACAGACUCCCAUUAAAGCGUGGACUCCUGACAGGGCAUCCAUGCAUGGCCACACACAGAGAUGAUGCAUCUGUGACCCACUUACUCAUUCUAACUUGAAGCAAAGAAUAAUAAAAACCUUAAUGAAUCCGAUCACUGUGACAGGGGGAAUGGGAUUUGGGCUGAAUCACUGAAAUUGCACUAUUUUUUAAUAAUAAGCUGUUUUUGCUAAGAGCACAGUGGGCCGUCCUGGAUGCCAUCCUUCUUCCGUGAGGCUGCGCUCACAGUAUAAACGCCAGAAUGCGCAAUAAGCUAAACAACGUGCGCACGGCAGCCAAGCAAAUUUACCGGAAGUGCAUCCGUUCUUAUCACAACCUCCAUUUAUAAAAAAAUGGACAAAACUGUUUGUUUACUAAAUAGCCGAAAGUCAAAUUAUACAAUAUUUGAUAAAUGUUUCUCUUGAAGAAACGAACCCACAAUUUGUGGAGAAAAAAAAAGCAAAGAAUGAUUUAAAUAAAAUAUUUAUUAUUUUAGGGGAAUUUUCUGCAAGUUCUGCCCAUAGAGUUGGGUGUCGAGCAGUUAAAGUCCCUUAAAAUAGUCGUAUUCACUGGUCGCCUUUUGCUUUGUGUGUCGAGCUGCCUGUGCAAAUGCCGUGGGUAUACCAUAAGGUAUUAAUAAAAUCAUUCUGAUACUUAAUGCAUUACUGAGAUUUCCUUUUCGGUCAUCGGGGUCUUUGCAACAUUCUAACCAGGAUUUCUGAUACGUAGCAUUGAAAAGGUUCAUUUAGUGCCUGUUCACCUGUCUGCUGCCGGCACUAAUUCAUUUACCAAUAACUCUCUAUCCUUAUGUAUUGGUCAUUAAACCCUACAGCAAUGCACAGGAUAAAAAGGGGCGUCUGCCCUCUAUAAAUAAUGCGCCAUAAUUUGUGGAAG